AUCUGCGCCUUUAAGAGCAUCUCUGACAGCAUCCUCCUCUGUCACGGACACGCACACAGCAGCUCAGUAUCUGAGAAUACAGCUUAGCUCUCUACACACACAUCUUCCUAAAGAUACUUCAUAGCAUCACAUAAUUACGUUUAUCACCAUUAUUUCUCCAUUGGACAUUGAUGAAUUUGCCUCAACGGUCGCCGUAGCGGUCCAUCCGAUCGUUAUUGCUUUAAUUUCUUUCCUUCCCGCAUUCAAAGACUGAUCUACGCUACAAGAUGGCUGAGUUGAAUUUGGGGAAGGGGCUGACUGCAGGGAAAGUGGCAAGCAACGUUCAGAAAAAACUAACGAGAGCCCAAGAGAAGGUCCUACAGAAGCUUGGCAAAGCCGAUGAGACCAAAGAUGUUGCUUUUGAGGAGGGAGUGAUCAACUUCAACAAACAAUAUGCUGAAGGCAGCAAACUCCAAAGGGACCUUAGGGCAUACCUGGAGGCAGUCAAAGCCAUGCACGAGUCCUCCAAGAACGUGCAGUCGUGUUUGGCUGACAUGUAUGAGCCAGACUGGUACGGCAAGAACGAAGUGGAUUCCAUUGUGGAGGACUGCGAUGUGCUGUGGACUGACUACCACCAAAAGUUGGUCGACCACGCUCUCAUCUCCAUGGAUACUUACCUAGGCCAGUUCCCUGAUAUCAAGGCACGUAUAGCUAAGAGGGACAGGAAGCUGGUCGAUUACGACAGUGCCAGGCACAACUAUGCCACUACUCACAAGACCAAGAAAAAGGACGGGGGCAUUAAAAUUACCAAGCCCUCCUCUUUGUUGGAGAGGGCCACUCCAGGUUGGGCUCAGGGUAUCUUGUCUGCUCACAAUGUUGCCCAGAGCAGUCUGUCCAGGAACCAGGCUGAGGAUGAGUUGGAGAGAGCCCAGAAGGUAUUUGAGGAGAUUAAUAUUGACUUGCAAGAGGAGUUACCUUCACUCUGGAACAGUCGUGUUGGGUUUUAUGUCAGCACCUUCCAGAGUUUGGCUGGUUUUGAGGAGAAGUUUCACAAGGAAAUUAGCCGGUUGGAUCAGGAUUUGUAUGAUGUCUUGGAGAAAUUAGAAGAAGACAGAAGCAGAAAGACAGGUAACAGCGGCGCCUCAUCGUCAGGAACAAAUAGGAGUGGAAAAGAAACAUCUAACCACAGUCUUAGGCCAGGAGGACCACCGCCAAUCCCCAAAUCUCCAUCCAAGCUGAGGCCAGCAGUGCCUCCUCCACCCAAGGUGACCCCAUCUAAGGAGUUGAAAACAGAGAACAUCAUCAACCUGUUUGAAGCUGCAGCUGCUCCUGAUAUCAGCGUCACCUCCCCUACAGAGUUUGACAGUCCCGCAGUGAGCAUCCUGUUGGACAUGGACCUGGACCCUUUCAGUGCAGCAACCAAAGCCUCCACGGUCACACAGCCUGCAAACUGGGACUCAUGGCAUGAGGACAGUGGUGCCCAGGAAGAGGACACCCAGCAGCACUAUGACCCUGUGGCUGCCGCUACAGAUGCCUGGGGGGAUGACGGUUCGCAGCCUAUCCGCUAUGACCCCAUAGCAGCUGCCACAGAGGGCUGGGGGGAUGACGGAACCAAACCAGUUCGCCAUGACCCUUUGGCUGUGGCUCAGGAGGGAGGGGGGGAUGAUGAGAGCCAGCAGGUUCAUUACGAUCCUGUGGCUGAAGCCCAGGAGGGCUGGGGCGAUGAUGGGGGCCAGCCGGUCACAGAGGUGCCCGCCACAGAGAAUGAAACACCUGCAGCUGAGGCUCCAGCUGAUGCCGUUGAGGAAGAAGCCACACCAGCUGCCGCUACGUUGGAUAAUGAAGAGGGUCAGGGCGAGUCUGCAGCUGCUGCUGCAGCAACAACAGCGGAAGAACCAGCGACAGAGGAGACACCUGCAGUAUCGGCAGAAUCAACAGAAGUAGCAUCAGAGCCUGCAGAUAUGCCACCUGGCUUUUUGUUCAAGGUCCAGGUGAUGCAUGAUUAUGCUGCCAAUGACACAGACGAACUGGAGAUGAAGGCUGGUGAUGUGGUGCUAGUAGUCGUCUUUGACAAUCCUGACGAACAGGAUGAUGGCUGGCUGAUGGGAAUGAAGCAGGUCGACUGGCAGCAGAACAAAGAAAAUGCCACUAAAGGAGUAUUCCCUGAAAAUUUCACCCAGAGGCUGUGAAAGAGGAGGACAGGACGUCAUUCCAGCUUCCUUCUUUUUGUCUCUCUUCCUUUUGCCUCAAUCCUUCCUUCCUCCUUCCUUGCCCUGAGAUCUUUACUAGGACUUUGGCCAUAGAAGCAGAGCUGUCACAGCCCAGGUGGAAAUCAUGUACUUCUAAGGUCUGCUACACUGUGCUAAAAGUGGAUCUUGGCAUUUCUGUGGAUUUCUGCCAACAUUUACAAAUUACAGAUGUAGCCAUUUCACAGGUCCUACUCUUUGCUGUCUUGCUGCACUAUUGCUGCUACUCCAUACCGGAGGAAUUGAUUAGAGAAUCCUGAUCAUACAGGAUAGAUGCAGGGAUGGGUGCCUCUGCAAUGGCUACCACUGCAAUUGCAUUAUAAUGUUUUAUUCUUAGUCAUAUCUCAUUAUAAACUCUCCAAGGCGUAUUCCACCACCAUAACAGAGAAAAUGUCUAUUGAGAUGUGCUUUUGUUCAUCUGAUACUGAAGGGUUGAAAACAAUGCCAAGUGUAGCAGAGUAUCCGUUACAUACAUAGAAGCCCUCAAAUCUGUUUAAUACUAACACUAACUUAGUAACAUGCUGAAAAAUUACUCCUACAAGGUGCAGAAGUCUAACCAGCUAAACAGCACAUAAACAGAGGAAUUUAAAUAAACAAAACAAAACUUGCAAUCUCAUCAACAUCUGGGCUAGAAUUUAGUCACUCAUUAAUGUUGCUGAGGCAGCUCUUCGUCUUCUCAAGCCAGAAGUGGGUUUUUGAAACAAAGCUCUAUUUUUGGCAGUAGUCCAUUUUAGCCACAUGUGUAGCCAUCGAGUGUCAUUUUCUGCUUUGGCAUGCAGAUUUGUUUCCUCACGUGUGCCCAUUUGGUUAUUUUUGGUGGCUGGCUGCAAUUCUGACCAUGUAUAAGUGGAGGUGGAGCAUAGCAGGGGGUGUGUCAGUAAAAAUUAAGCACUGCAGUUUUGGCACCAGUAUUUGUAUUUGCUAUUUACUGAUCUACAAUCACUCUAAUUAGUCCUGGGGUUCUGCUGCUGACACUGCCUGUUGGACACAUCCAGCCCAUCUUUUAGUCCUACUUUAAUUAUUUACUUGUGAAACAUGGGCCCUUGGUUGUUGUAUUAGUUUAGGUUCAAUGGUGGUAUAAGUAGUAUGAAUCUGUUGUUAAAAUCCAAAUAAAUGCAUAUGCAGUUAACUUUACCUGCAUAUGCAGUUCAAUAUAAAAUGUUUUAAAAAUCCAGACAGAAAUACUGUUUUCAGACUCCUAUAGAGUAGAAAAACACGACUGUUUUCAUUUUUGACUGUCAUGUUUUUUAUUCCUUGUUGUUUAAAGUUGUGUGAAGCUGUGUGGAGUGGGCAUGUAAAAAAUCUUUUCAAGGUUUUUUUUUUUCACAAGGGAUUCCAAAUAUGCAUUAGCAAGGCUCGCUAAAAAGCUAGCCACCAAACUACAACAAUGAGACGCUGCUACUGGUAGUAUAAUAGUUAGGCAGAUAUGGUUACACCCUAAUGUUAAUCAAAUAUAUAAUAACUGAGCCAGCCUCAUUCAUUUUUUUUAAAAAUGUGCUGAAAACAAUUCCUUCCGUUUGCAUAGAGACCACUUAACUCAAAUGCAAAUGAUUCCGAAUAUGCACCAGAGCAACUUCUUUUAUUUUUGUAUGCUGCCAAGCAAUGAUUACAUAUAGCCUAAUGUAACUACUAUAUGUCAACAUAAUUGCCAACUUAGGAUGUUACGGAGUGUUUUGUACUUCUGUCAGGUUUACUGCUCUCAACAUAGCCGCUUACUGUAGGUAGUGAAAACUAUCUCACAUUCAGUCAUUCAUUCAGUCACUGAGUCAAAAGAGAUUCACAUUUCUCAUGAUGUUAUUAAGUGUGAGAGAAAAUGGUUGUGUGUGUGCGAUUGUAUGUGUGUGUGUUUACGGGUUGUCUGGAAACAUACAUUCUUUAUCUAUAGGCUAUUGUUAUUGGACAACUUCACCACCACCUACCAGGGGAUGACGUCGUCCAUUUUACAGGAGUUUUUUUCUGACUGGACAAAGACUACUCAAAUGUAUUUGGGUCAUUUUCCGCUGGAUGGUAUUAUGGUUCCAGGUGUUAUUGUGCAUUUGUUGUGUAUAAGUGUAAUUUUGCCAAGCUGUGAUGACAGAUACAUAUUCUAUAAGGACAUUCAUAUUUGUAUGUGAGUUACUGUGAGCAUGCUGACUUCCCAUGUGUUGUUGUGUGAACACCCUUAAUUUAAGACCAUGAUACUUGGGUGACUUCUGAGGCAGUUGAAACAGGCAAUUUGUUUUAAUUUUUAUUAUUUAUUUAUCUUAGUAAGGGGGAUGUUGGACAGUUACAUACUGUGUGUUUUUCCACCAUUCUCCCUCUCAAAUCAGUCCUGAUUAUAAUUGCUGGUUGUCCGUCAGCCUUGCCUCAAAGUGUUGCCGGGGUAUCAUGGUCCAAACAGAAUUAAACAUGAUUACAUGGAGACAGGGCAAAUAGAGAAAGAUUUCAAACCACCAGACUCAGGUGGACAAAUUUUUUGUAAUGGUUUUCAGUAUUUUAACCACUUGAGAUGUGCAUGAUUUUUUCACAUGUAUUUAAAAAGCUUCACGUGUGAGAACAACACACACGGUAAACAAAUCACUUUCAUAUUUUUAUUUUCAGAUACAUGUAACUUGGUGAGUGUUUCACCUGGGUCUGGUUCUCUAUCUGUCUUUAUGGAUCAGUCUCCUGCGAUGAGCUAUGGGAUACGACAAAAAGGUUUUUCCUGUACCUAACUGACCAAUAAUAAUAAAGAUUACUCAGAA